UGCACAAAUUUUGCAGACAGAGAUCUUAAAGAAUACUUUAAGAAUUUGCUUAAAUGUUUAAAAUCGAUAUUAUAGAGCUUCAUACUUGCAUUUUACGGAAACUAUAUUAAAUUUAAAAGCAAUUUUAAAGAGAAAUAGUAAUAGAUCAGGAAAUAAUACGUGAGCUUCUCUCACUUAAUAUUUUCACUUUCAAUUCGCUGUCACGGCAAAAGAGGAAAGUGAAAAGUUAUAAAUCGAAAUGUGGCACUGUCUAUUGAAAAUGUGAUUUUUCCUUCAUGCGUUUCGUACCUUGGAUGGAGGGGUGGAAUCCGUAAACGUCUUUUAUUCCAGACAUUACACCUGGUAGAUGGGGUAUCCGGCUGAAUUUGCAUGCCGCUUCUCGUAUCAUAGCCAUAAUGCUGAGUGCUCCCGUGGGUGGUGUAGGAAAAUCAUCGCACGAGCGCCUAUUUGUAUCCGUUUGUCUGCUAUGGAGUCUCAAUUUAACUGGAGCAUUUCAGGGAUCCCUUGUGAACGUUUACACAAAUUCGCUGUCAUACCCAAAUAUCGAUACCCUUGAAGCACUAGACCAAAGUGGAAUACCAAUUGCCGUUGUUCAUGCUGGACUAAUUGUUGAUGUACUAGGCUCAGACCCACCGGGGACACUAUUGGGUAAUUUGCGACAAAAAAUGUUCACUUUCACCAUUGAUAACACUGAUAUCUUGGGAAGAAUCGCCACAAGGGGAGAUAUAGCCGCCCUCCAGAGAUUAGUUGAUAUGCCAAAGAUAUUUCAGCAAUUUGUACGGAAGGACGGAGUGCCAUUGAUUCAUGUUAUCCGUGAGUGUCCCAGAUCCUAUCGUUUGGCCUAUUUAUUUCCCAAAUCAUCGAUUUUCUUGGAAACAGCUUCAUACUAUUUGUCACUAUUCGCCCAGAGUGGAUUGAUACGGAAGUGGUUUGAUGAUACAAUGUAUAUCUUCACACUCGAAGGAUCGCACCAGAAUCGAAUGUUUAUUAGGGCACCAGCAAUCAUCCUUACCCUCAGUCACCUCCAAACCGCCUUCUACAUCUUGACACUGGGGCUCUCAAUUAGUUUUAUCACCUUCCUAUUUGAACUAAAACGUUCUAGGGGUACCCGGAAGGAGAAUUAAACUUCUUGAAAAGUAUCGUAUUGUUCAAUGGUUUUUGAUCCCAAGACAUAGGGGUGUGGUGAGUGAGGAAAAGAUGUAGCAAUUGGGAAAGUUUUUAUAGUAAAAUAGUUACGGCACAAAUAUAUAGGGAUUCACCAAGA